AUGGCAACAAAAUCAAAACCCGAAGAAGACCAACCGGUCGAAAACAUCAUCAUCGCAGCCGAUCAUGGCCGACUGGACCUCGUCACGACGCUGCUAGAAAGCGGAGCAGAUCCGAAUACCGUAGACGAGGUCGGAACCUCGGCUCUCCACAAUGCAGCGAAAAGGGGCCAUUGGCAUAUUGCCCGUCUUUUACUUGAAAAGAAUGCAUCGCCGAGUAUUCAGGAUGGCAAUGAUGCUAUUCCACUGCACCUUGCUAUCAGGGCGGGACAUAAGCAGAUUGUCCGGGUACUGCUUGAUUACGAUCCUUCGACUUGUAAUUUCAAGGAGAAUGGGAGAAAUGAACCGCUUUACAUCGCUGCUGUGUUUGGUCAUGCGGAUAUAGUGCAGAACCUGCUGGAUUGUGGUGCUACAACGCUCGCGCCGUCGGGGGAUGAGACGGCUCUGCACCUAGCAGCUAGGAAGGGACAUCAUGAUGUCCAUGCAAAGGAUUACACGGGGAACACGCCUUUUGCGUACGCAGUGGAAAAGGGCCAUGAGCGGGCCGUGGAUGUGUUUUUGCGCCAUUAUCCCGAGCUGGGGAAAACGUGCAAUGGCCAUAAGAAUUUGCUUUUCCAUCGGGCAAUUGAGAUGCGGAAGGUCGAGAUGGUUCGGAUCUUCUCGAGUCAUGGUACGGACGUGGAGAUGAAAGACAGUUCUGGGCAGAGGGCGCUUCACAGGGCGGUUGGCACGGAGAAUACAGAGCUGAUUCAGCUUAUACUUGAGUAUGGCCCUGUCAUUGAUGCGAAGGAGAAUUAUGGUUUUACUCCCUCGCAGACGACGAGGGAUCCGAAGAUCAGAAUGUUAUUGCGCAACCAUGCGAACACGCAUGCCAAGGGUCCGUCACUGCCCGUGGCACCCACGACUGCAGCCCCGCCUCCUGAAUAUAAGGCGUGA